AUGGGGGAUGUUCUUCGUGCUGAAAAACGAUCUGUAAAAACCAAGAGCUGGAACGUCUUCAUCAGUGAAACGCUCCUCCGCUCCCCUCCUCUGGAAACAGAUUCUAAAGAAAUAGACAAGAAGCGAGCCAGAGUGAAGAACAGCGAAGGGGGGGAUGUGCCACAGAAGUACUUUGUGGUUACGAACAACCAUCACAUACGGGUGAAAUACUUGUUGGUGUAUUCGCAGAAACAGCAUCGGAGGCCUGCCAGUCGGUCUUGGGUUUCCAAACACUGCUUUGGCAUCACAAUGACUUUCUACCUGCUCUUGUUGGUUGCCAUCGGAGCCUGCAACAGCCCAACUUUUGCCUACUACUGGAGCAAGAUUUUCAACGCAGAACAUUGAGAGCCUGGCCCUGUCGGGGAUGCCGACUUCUUACCAUGUGCCUUCGUGUGAGAUGUACAGUUUUUGUGAGACUUCCAACUCCAAACCUCCAGGGAGGGGCAACCGGGGGCGAAGAAGGGAUGAGCUGAGUGGCUUAGACUUUCUUAAACUUCCAAGGUGGGAAAGCCACCCCGACCCCCCCCCCCCAAUAAUAUCAGCCUGUGUGUAGACCAAGUGACUUCAGCAGCUUGCAUCCCCCCCCCCCCAACCCCAUGGUAGCUAACUCCCAAGGGGGUCAGAGAAGAGAAGGGUGGUUUGUUUUUUCCCACAAGAUGGUUCAUGCGCAGGGUUGUUGUGAGAAAAAAAAAGGAGGCCAACAAUGUCAGCUGCUUUGGGUACUGUCGGGGAGAAAGAUAGGGUAUAAAUGAAGUGAAUGAAAUAAUACAGUAAAAUUCAGCAAGGGGUGCGUUCAAACAAAAAGUGCACGCGUGCGUAAACGUGCCUGCCCUUGGGAAGGAUAUUGCUGCAGGUCUGUGGACGUGGUUCAGACUGGGUUUGCACGGCUGGGCUGCCCUGUUUUUCUUAAAGGCCCAUGCCGCAGAACGCAGUGAGAAAAAUGAACGAUUCCUGUUCACCACCACCACCACCCCCAAUCAAUUUUCAGCUUGCCUCUCUGAAAGAGAACAGGAUUGGCAGGGGCUUUUGUCCAUGGAAGGAGUAACUUUACUCGCAGGUUGCGGCUUUUCCAUUUACUGGCCGCCUCGGGUGCGCGUUCUGCUUAAAGGGCCGCAGGGCGGAAAUGUUUCUCACUUUGAUAUGGACUCUUCCCACCACCUCUCCCGUGUUCUUGAACCAGAUCCAUAAUUUGUGAGCAUUGCAGGCCCCACAUGCCCCUUUGCACCUCUCACAAAGAACUGUACCUCCGGCUGCAUAUCCUCGGCUUCCUUGCAGGAAGAGGAAAUUACCUCAUAGCGAAACGGGGGUGCUACCCCACCUGAGCUAAAUAAGUGCCAGCUCGUGUUUUGCUGCUCCAGGGCGCCAGGCGUCGGAUCUUUUCAUCAGUGCAAUAGAUGAAGCAUAAUUCUAUUUUCCUAUCUAUUUUUUAGGAUUGUUUUUUUUUGUUGGGGGUCUGAAAGACAAUAAAAAUGUCAGCCAACGGGUUUGUUGGUUUGUUUAUAAAGCCUGAA